CGCCAUCAGUGAUGUCCCAUCCUAGGAGAUGGCCGGCUGUAAUUUCCGGGACGGGCACCCCCCACAGGAGGAGGAGGGCGUCUAUAUCGUUCUGCUGCUACGGGCGUGUGUGUGUGUGAGUCGUGACCUGUCAGCAGCAGCAUGUCCGCCUGGCUGGGGCGCCUGUGUGUGCCUGCUGUGAGGGCAGUGUGUGCACGCCGCGCUGUGCGUGGAGCCGGGGAUGGCUGGAGAGGAGCCUGGCCGGCGCCGCACCGGGCUUUUGGUCCAAGAUGGUCCGUGACCCGCAGCCUGUCCGUCAGUCUUAGCACAACCAUUGAAUAUAAAGAAUUGAAAGACUUACUGAAGAAGGAUGGAGUUGUACUCAUUGAUGUUCGAGAGCCAUGGGAAAUUAAAGAAUAUGGCAUUAUAAAAGGCUCAGUAAACAUCCCAUUGGGUGAUCUCAUGUCUGCACUGCAAAUGACUCCAAAGAUGUUUGAAGAAAAGUAUCAUAAAAAGUUUCCAGACAAAUCCAGUACCCUGGUCUUUUCUUGUCUUACCGGGAUUCGAAGUGGUAAAGCUUUAGGUGUUGCAACUUUACUGGGUUAUGAUAGAGUUCAACACUAUGUGGGUGGUUUUGAAGACUGGACCAAGCAUGAACUACCAGAAAAAAAGCCAUGAACUUUGCUACUACAAGUUUCUCAUAAGAUUAUUAAGAUUAAUCAUAAUAAUAAAAAAAUGUAAUAACCAUGUCUCAUUA